AUGUGCAAUGUAUCUGAGAUGGCUAUUGGGGUUAACGGUGAUAGUGAGAGACUUGCCUCAAGAAGGACAAAAAAGAAGAAGACUUUAGCAGAACUCAAAGAUGACGAGAGCACACUCCUAAAGGAAAGAAGACAGCUGAAAAGGCAAUUAGCUGCUUUGCGCUUGAGUUUCGAGAAGCAAAGGGCCUCAAAUGAAAAUUUGAAAAGAAUCAAGAUUGAAUUGCAAGCUAAAGAAUCAAUUUUGGAGCAAUAUGAUGAGAUGGCGACAGCUGGCGCAAUCGUCUUGGACAAAACCGUGAGAUCACAACCCUUAAAAUCAGACGGGUCUUAUGAACCGAACACAAAGUAUGUGCUUCCAGAUCUAAACAUGACAUUAGAGGAGCAACACUCAUUUUUAUGACAACAUGUGCUUCAAAAUAGAUUAUAACACAAAGAUCACAUCUACAAUGAAAUAAGGGCUAACAUUUGCUUUCCUAGGAUUUCUUUUUUGGUUAAAAUGUAACUAUAAUAGUACUGAUUACCACCUUAUUGCAUUUUGACAAACGUCCAUGCUUUCUUUGUUGUGUACUGUUGGUAGUUGCGAUAUUCUUCCUCUUGUGUAGGAUUGGUCUAAAGAUCUUUACUCGUUGUCUUAUCUAAUGUAGCUACAUUUUUUUUCUUUUUAUUUUUCCUCUUUUUCGGAAGCUUUUUUCUUCCCUUCUUUCGAACAUUUUGAGUUGAGAUGUAAACUAUUUUACGUGAUUUUAGAUAUAAAUAUUUUGUUUUCUGACCAAGGAAACAUUUUGGACACGCUUUUAUCUUUUUG